AUCAAUUCUUCCAUGUGUAAUGCUCCUGUUUAGCAUAGGUACUCAAGACAGACACGUCAAGCCAGAAUGAAAUGAAACAUGUUUCAAUCCCACAAGACAAGCGGAGGCCAUUAAUAUAUCAUGUUUUGCACUGAUUUAGGUCGGAUAUGCAGAGAUGGAUAAUUCUCUCGGCCACAACCAGGCAAGCAAGAAGAUUUAUCACGAGAAGCAGCAUCUCCAAUUCUGUUUAUUGCACGCCCUCAAUAAUUUGCUCCAAGUUGGGAAAUGAGGUUUUCACUAGGGCUCAAUUGGAUGCCAUCGCUAAUGAGUUGACACUGAUCGACCCCGAAAAGAAUAUUGCCUGGAAUCCCCUUUCUGUUGUUUGGAAGCCGCAUCAUAAUGCUCUAACAGGGAAUUAUGAUAUCAAUGUUCUGUUUGCUGCUCUUGAAAGCAAAGGAAAAGAAGUGGUUUGGUACGACCGUAGAAAUACCGCUUCUUCCAUGGAUCUCAAUCAGUCCUUGAUAGGAAUCGUGUUGAAUAAGCAGGUCAGGAAAUUGGGUGGUUUGUGGAGGAGCAGGCACUGGAUUGCACUGAGAAAGAUUGAUGGAGUAUGGCAUAAUUUGGACAGUGAUUUGCCUGCCCCUUUGGCCUUUGAAAAUGGGGAUGAGGAACUUAGGGAUUAUCUGGACCAGAUUUUAGCUCAGGGUGGAGAGGCUUUAAUGGUUUUUGAGGCAUCUUCAGCACCUCCAAAUCGCGCAGAGCAGUGAGUUUGGAAGUUCUAGGUCAGGAAGUUUGGGUCAAGAUUUGUUCCAUUUCUAUUUGUGAAUUUGUAAAUAGAAGUGACACAUUUGUAUAUUGGUUUCUCUGAGGGGUUUCCUCAUCUGUUGUCCCUCAACAAGAAUAAGUUUGGAACGUCUAGGUGUUAAAAUUUGGCAGUCAAGGUUUGAUUUAUUUGUACAUUGCUGUAAAUUUUUCAGCAUUGAAAAAUUUGCUCUGUUCAAUAUUGAGCUGGUUUCAUUCA